AUGGUAUGCGGUUGCUUCGCUAUAAUCGUGGUUGUUCUCAUCUUAUAUUGUCUGCAGAACCGGAAAAAGAAAAAAACGUGGUCUCCUUCACCUCUUCCGCCGCUAAGAGACAUUGAAAACGGUAGAAGCAGUGUCCUUCCGAGAGAUGGAGGGCUCGUAGUUUUGACAGGAACUGCUGUCACCACACCCGUUGUAGCUGCCGCUGUAACCACCGGGAUCUCUAAGGACACUAGUGGUGGCGAUGAAGGUGGAGGAGACUGUGAUGGUGGUGGAGAUGGCGGAGGGUUGUGGUGGUUGUGGCGGUUGUGGUGGGUGUUGAGAUUCUACUUGAGGUGUACAUUCUCGGAUUCCAAGAAGCUUUUUGGACUAAAAUGCCCUUAUGUCUAG